AUGAGUAAAGUCACUCCCCGUUGUAUUAUUGUUCGUCAUGGACAAACCGAAUGGUCAAAAUCUGGGCAAUUUACUGGUCUGACUGAUAUUCCAUUGACACCAUACGGUGUGGCUCAAAUGAAGAGAACUGGUCAGGCAAUUUUUGGCCAUAAGUUUAUCAAUCCAGAUCACAUCACUUACAUCUUUACCUCUCCACGUCAACGUGCUAGACAAACUGUUGGUCUUGUGUUAGAAAGUCUGACUGAAGAACAACGUUCAAAAAUUAGGAUUGUUGUCGAUGAGGACUUGAGAGAGUGGGAGUACGGUGAUUACGAGGGUCUGUUGACCCAUGAGAUCGUCCAGCUAAGAAAAUCUCGUGGCUUGGACCAGGAGAGACCAUGGAAAAUCUGGCGCGAUGGGUGCGAGAAUGGUGAAACUACCCAGCAAAUUGGUUGCCGGUUGUCACGUGUCAUUGCAAGAAUUCAAAACUUGCACCGUCAACACCAGAAGGAAGGUCGUGAAAGCGAUAUAAUGGUGUUUGCACACGGUCACGCUUUGCGUUACUUUGCUGCUUUGUGGAUCAAGUCUGGUGUUGAAGUGGCAUACGAUAAGAGUUUUGACCCAGCCGAGCCAACGUACCAUGACGAAACCGUUGCGGAUGUUCCAUUAAAGACAUUUAGACAUUUAGUCGAUAAUCCUAACUACUUAUUAGAUGCAGGUGGUAUUGGUGUAUUAUCUUACUCUCAUCACAAUAUCGAUGAGCCUGCUUUAGCACUUGCUGGUCCAUUUGUUCCACCUCCAGAGGAGCAAUCUGAGCACGAACCUGUUGUCGAAUAA